AUGUCGAUUUAUAGAAAGAACCUUAUUGCAUUUGGCAAUAAUUCUAUUGCCGAUUCAACAGCGACCACAAGAAAGAUAAACGCAAAUUCGAUCAGCCUUGAAAAACUGAUCUCGCAGGCGUCGCCGGACGAUCGUCGCACGUGGCUCAGUUUCAAGGAGUUCAUGAUGAAGUUCAAUAAAACUUAUGCAAAUGAGAGUGAGGCUUCCGACCGUUACACGAUUUUUAAAGUGAACAUGAAAACCGCAAAGAUGUUGCAAGACAAGGAGAAGGGUAAUGGUCCAUGUGUGCACGCUUAUGGAACCGCCGAGUACGGCGUGACCAUGUUUUCCGAUAUGUCGUUCGAAGAGUUUCAAAGGUACUACCUUAACGCAGCAUGGAAAAAUUACCGACAUCCCGAAAAGACUGUGGACAUAAAACUGAAUGGUUCGCUUGUUUCAGACUUUGAUUGGAGGUCCCGCAAUGCGAUAACGGAGGUAAAAAAUCAGGGCGCUUGUGGCAGUUGUUGGGCUUUUUCGGCAGUUGGCGUUGUGGAAGGUCAAUGGGCAAUUAAGACAGGAAACUUGGUUAGCCUUUCUGAACAAGAGCUGUUAGACUGUGACCAGUUGGAUAAAGGCUGUUCAGGGGGGCUUCCUUCUAACGCAUACCUCGAAAUCAAGCGUCUUGGUGGUCUAAAGCUCGAGGCAGAGUACCCUUAUCAGAGAAGAAGUGGCAAGUGCCUUCUGGCUAACCAAACGAUUGGCAAAUUUUACAUUAACGACUCAGUCUCGCUGCCGCAGAACGAAGACUUCAUCGCUCAUUACGUUGCGAACGUUGGACCCGUGUCUGUGGCGGUUAAUGCCUUUCCAAUGAUGUUCUAUACCAAGGGCAUUGCGCACCCAUGGAAGUUGAUGUGCAACCCAUCUCAUCUCGACCACGCCAUGCUGAUCGUCGGUUUUGGUGUGAAGGACGACAAAAUACCGUACUGGAUAAUAAAAAACAGCUGGGGCUCUGGCUGGGGAGAAAACGGUUAUUAUUACUUGUUCCGCGGUGAUUCGGUGUGCGGCGUAGACCGCGCUGUGACAUCGGUUGUAAUCGAUUAA